AUGGAAACAUGGGAUUCGAAAGCAACUGCUGAGCAAUCACAACAUGGACUGGCUCCAGACCAAAAUCCUAAUACCCAGCGAGCAUGUCACGCCUGCCAUGUUUCCAAAGUGAAAUGCAACCAGCCGAUCCCUGGUAUGCCGUGCUUGAGAUGCCAAAAGGCAUGCAAACCAUGUUUUCCCGCGGAGAAACCGCAGAAGAACCAUCAACAAUUGAACAGUCGCAUUCUCAAGAUACAGUCUAGGAUCGAUAAGAUGAUCUUAUCUGCUGUAAAACAAGAGGCCACUGAUAACCGAACUCGCCCUCGCACGGACUCCUUUCCACAGUGGCCUACUGAUUUGGCUCCUAUGUCGUACGCUCCUGGACAACCUGGCUGGGGUCCAUCUGUGGGGACUGCCCUACCAAUACCCUCCAGUGUGAGCUCCGGAGCUGUGGAUCUUAAAACCAGCAUACAGUCGGUCCUGGCCAAAAGUAUCACCCCGUAUCUUGAUCAUGCCAUGACCGAGAUCAUCUUCAACCGUUAUAUCACCAACAUGGCUCCCACCUUUCCAGCCGUCGUCUUCCCACCAGGCACAACGGCGGCCGAUGUACGAAAGGAUAACCCCAUUCUUCUCUUAGCAAUUCUCGACGUAGCAUCGUCUGGGUUCUGUGAGUUGGAGAUUCAAAGAAGACUCCGGAAGCUGAUCGUGCAGACAUACGUGCAUUGUAUGCUGCGCAGCGACCAAUACACCCUCGGCUUACUGCAAGCGUUGAUCGUUUCCGCCACUUGGUAUCGGUCAAUUGAGCCUUUAGAGCCGGGAGAGCAGAUGGAUAUUUAUCAGAUUGGACAUACCGCUGCCAACAUGGCUUUAAUCAUGGGACUAGGUGAGAGAUUGAGUAACACGAACAGGGAAUCCUCAGCGUUGCCCCGGCAGGGGCAGGCCGACCGACACCAGAAUGCCCAGGCAGAGCUUCUUGGGGCUCGGAGAGUCUGGUUGGGAUGUCAUUACAUUUGCUCGAAUACUUCUAUGUCUCUACGGGCGCCAAACGUCAUGAGGUGGACCCACUGUAUGGGUGAAUGUGUAGAAGUUCUGGAAACCUCUCCGGAUGCUUUCCCAUCUGACAGGAUUCUGUGUCAGCACAUACGCCUACAGCGUAUAACCGAAGAAGCUACAAUGCAACUGUCACGUAAAAGCGCUUCUGAUUCUCUGUCGUCACGGGCCAAGCAUAUCCAAGCAUCACAUCGUUUGGCUAAGCGACAACUCUGGGACUGGAAAAACAACAUACGUGGAGGCGAUUUCGAUGGUGCACUACAACUCUCCUAUCAUUUCUCGUCCUUGUAUCUAAACGAAGUUUCCUUUUGUGCUGCGUCUGAAAACGCCACCUCCGACGCCGAAACAUCAUCAGAAGAUCAGACACCACCCACCAUCACCAUCCCAGCAGACACAUUCAGCGAAUGCGUCGAGACAAUCGAUCACAUAUUCCGAGUUUUUACCUCCUUAGAUAUGUCUGCGAUUCGAGUUCUACCAGCAAUGCAUCUGAUCCGGAUGAUUUACACCGCGCUCAUCCUAGUCAAGCUUCACUUUGCGGCCAUCACGUCGCCUAACGAAGAUGCUCAACUACAAAUAAACCGACUUCAAGUUUCCAAUCAUUUAGAUUGCAUCAUACAAUUGUUCGCAGGGUGGGGACCACUAUGGCCUGCUACCAAGUUGACGACAGUCUUCCGUAGGAUUCGGUCCUGGUUUGAAGAUGACGAUAUGAUGAAGCGGGAUGGCUCAUGGUUGAAUGUGUGGAGACUUGGUCUGGUGUCUCAGCAUCCAGAGAAUACCCAAUCCAGUAUCGACCUGGUUGGGUCUACUGAUGGGUCAUUGCUAUCUUCUGACUCACAAGAUCCGUCCUGGAUGCUCCCUGUGGACCCUACUAUUAUGGAUACCAUUCCCUUGUCGUUCAAUUCCCCGCUGGAGUUCAGUAGUAAUGGGUUUACUCCUACAUCCAGUGAUCAACCCAUCGAUUACUCGCUACUGCCCAGACAGACAUGUACUUCUGUAUCCGACGUCUCGGUUGGUGAUGAUCUCGGCAUGAAUGCGAACAUGAUAGAUACAAAAGAUAUCGAUGCUACCCUCGACAUGGACCUAGAGUUGAGCCAACUCACGAAUAUGCACUUCGACUCGAACAAUCUACAGCUACCAUUAUCCCAUGACUCAGAUGGCGUCUUCUACGAUUCCAGGGCAGAAUAUACACAGAGAAACGACCAAUCACAUUAA